AUAUACACACAUGCACACACACACACAUGCACUCACUGUGUUCACUGUGCUGUAAUGAAAACAAUGAAAACUGUCAGAAACAAUUGAAAAACUGUUACAACCAGAAACCCUGAAUCAUCAUCUCCUUCCCAGCUACUUCAUCAUCAUCAUCAUCAUCAUCACUGUCUUCGUCAUGGUCAUUCACUGCUGUUUGGUUUCUGUGGGAUGGGCUCCGGUUUAUGACUUUAUGGCCCUUCUGACUAAAGUCCUCGGCCCAGUUUACAUAUGCUGCCUCCUCAGAUCCUCUGCUGGAGCUGAACCUGAGCUCAGAUCGGUCUCUGAGUGGAGCGGUUGCUGUCUGGAUUUUGAGUGCUUGGCUGGUUUAGGCUGCUGAGGCUGCUGGGUGGACAGCGCGGCCUGCUGUAGUUAGUAUUCAGGUGUUCGGGUGUUCUGGUGUUCAGGUGUGUGUUAACGUGUGGGUGAAGAUGUCGAUGGCAGUGGAGAUUUUGGCUUUUCUGAUGUGCGUUGGUGGCUCUAUGUUGGCCGGCGUGGCGCUGGCCAACGAUUACUGGCGCGUGUCGUCAUACUCGGGCAGUGUGAUCACGUCCAGCCGGCAGUACCAGAACCUGUGGCACGCCUGUGCCGAGGCCAGCACCGGCAUUAAGAACUGCAAAGAGUUUGAGUCCAUGCUAGCUCUGGAAGGUUAUGUGCAGGCAUGUCGAGCUCUGAUGAUCAUCGCUCUGCUAUUUGGACUCUUCUCUAUCCUGCUGUCUGCUCUGGGCCUCAAAUGCACCAAACUGGGCAGCAUGUCUGACCAGGCCAAAGGCCGACUCACACUGGCUGCUGGAAUCCUAUUCAUACUGUCUGGUGUGUGUGUACUGACCGCUGUUUCCUGGUACGCCGCCCGCAUUGUGCAAGAGUUUAAUGAUCCUUUUUAUGUAGGAACAAAGUUUGAGCUGGGUACUGGGCUGUACCUGGGCUGGGCUGCGGCAGUGCUGGUGAUUUUAGGUGGAGCGAUGCUAUGUGGGUCCUUCAGAAGAACAUCAGCAUCAACAAACACGGGGUACAGCUAUAACUACUCUGGUCAAGGUCAGAAGAUCUAUAAAGCUGCCCCCACAGCUGACAGCGGCAGCUCCAAAGCUUACGUCUGAAAAAGUUGGAAGAAAAGUAAAUCAGCGUCUCAACUUCAGUCUCAGUUUUAAAAACAGGAACGCUGGUGACACUAAAGGCCUAAAAGUGCUGUUGUUUGUACAGAGGUGUUUCUGAAUUGUGUGGACGUGUGGACGUGUGUGGACAUGUGAGGACAUGUGAGGACUUGUGCACCUGUAUUAGUGAGCUAAAUUAUCACGCUGUGGGUCUGCGUUGAUUGUUACAGUCUGAGAUUCUCACUCUGCUGUUCUGUAUAAACCGAAUCAUGCCGUGUUUUAUUUUGUUGUUUUGGUGUAGAACGUGUUAACAUAAAUAAACGUUUGCCUAGAGAUGA